AUGCCGUGCGGGCAGCAGGAGAGCGGCGCCGCCUCCGCGCGGUACGUGGUGGGGGUGGACGUGGGCAGCACGGUGAUGAAGUGCCACGUCUAUGACCGGGCGGCCGCGGUCAGAGGCUCCAGCUGCCGGAAGAUGGAAUCGCUUCAUCCUCGUCCUGGCUGGGUUGAAUUAGAUCCUGAAGUGCUGUGGAGUCAGUUUGUUGGUGUAAUAAAAGAGGCUGUACAAGGUGCAGGACUUCACAUGAGGCAAAUUGCUGGUCUUGGCAUCUCAACGCAGAGAGGAACUUUCAUUACAUGGCACAAGAGGACAGGGAAACCUUUUCAUAAUUUCAUAAGUUGGCAAGACUUAAGGAGUGCUGAACUUGUGAAUUCCUGGAAUAAGUCCCUUCUGCUGAAGGUAAUCCAUGUUAUUUUUACAGUGCUUCAUUUCUUAACUGGGAAUGAUCGAUAUUUGGUACCAAGUUUUCUUACUUUUUCAACACAACAAACUUCUAUGAAGUUGUCAUGGGUUUUUAAAAACAUACAUGAGGCUGAAGAAGCUGCCAAAAAAAAUAACUGCUGCUUUGGAACAGUUGACACGUGGUUACUGUAUAGAUUGACUAAAGGUUCUGUGUAUGCUACAGAUUACUCAAAUGCCAGUGCUACAGGCGUUUUUGAACCCUUUACGAAAUGUUGGAACCCCACUUUGUGUAAUUUACUUUCCAUUCCAAUGUCUAUUUAUCCGCCGGUGAAAGACACAAGCUUCAACUUCGGAUCAGCUGACUCUGAAAUAUUUGGGGUACCUAUUCCAAUAAUGGCAGUGGUAGCUGAUCAGCAGUCAGCUAUGUUUGGAGAAUGCUGCUUUCACCCAGGAGAUGUUAAACUGACAAUGGGUACAGGUGGUUUCUGGAAUGUGAAUACUGGAGAGCGUCUCUUUGCGUCACGGAGAGGUCUGUAUCCAUUGAUUGGUUGGAAGAUUGGGGAAGAAGUUGUUUACUUAACUGAAGGCUGUAUGUCAGACAUUGGCACUGCCAUAGAAUGGGCUCAGGAUAUAAAUCUCUUCACCAAUGUAGAUGAAACAGCAAAAAUGGCACGGAGUAUUGUUGAUUCUCAAGGCGUUUGUUUUGUUCCAGGUUUUCAGGUGUCUGUGAAUGACCCAUAUUUAUGUGCCUCUUUCAUGGGGCUGAAACCUGCCACUACCAGAAACCAUCUUGUACGGGCUAUACUGGAAUCUGUAGCUUUCAGAAACAAACAGCUUUAUGAUAUCAUUGUGAAGAAGGUACGCAUUCCUCUUCAAGCUAUUCGAGCUGAUGGAGGUGUCAGUAAUAAUAGCUUUGUCAUGCAGAUGACUUCAGAUUUAAUUAAUAAGAAAAUAGAAAAACCUGCAAAUGCAGACAUGUCUAGUCUUGGUGCAGCUUUUCUAGCAGGCCUUGCUUCAGGAUUUUGGACUGACAAAGAACAACUAAAGAAGCUGAGGCGAAUAGAAGCGGUUUUUGAGCCCCAGAAGGACUCAGAGGAAUACAAACCUGCUAUGGAUACCUGGCUACAAGCAAUGAAAUGCUCCCUGCACUGGUAGAAAUUGGGAUUUUAAUUAUAGAAGAAUUAAAAUGUUUUAAUUCAUAUUUAUAAAAUCUUGACAUUAACAGGACAGUAAAAACUGUAACUGAAAAUUGUGACGGUACUUCAGUUACCCCCCUGCUGCUAGAUUACUUACCACACCAUAAUGAACCUUCACAUCAUCCCUAUGACAGCUGUAGUCCAGCUGCAGCAUUUGUGUCCCUUCAGUGACCUCUUUUGUGGGUGCUCCAGCUGCUUGAGUCCUACCAUGGACUAGAGAUGGGGAGUUUUUUCCUAUGAUGGGUUUUCUACCGAGGAACUCGCCUCCCUUUGGAUCUUUAAAAUCUUUGGUAUGUUAAUCAUCAAGGAAGGGUAAAAGGCACAUAUACUUCCCUAGGCAUUUCUAAGAAACGUAAAAUGAUUGUUGGGGGAUGGGUUGUGAUGAACUUGAUUGUGUACAAAGGUAUUUUCUUACUAGUAGCCUGUUACCACCUUUUUUUUGACUUUCUAAGGAAGCAUUUGACCCAGUUCUGGGAUGACGUUUUUGUGCACUAAAUCAAGAUGAAAUACAAAAGUAAAUAGGCUUUCAGUAAUCCAUUAAAAAAAAAAAAAAAUCUAGGAGUUUUGUAGCUGAUGGUUCCUCUCCAGCUUGUAGCUCAAUUUUUUUAAAAUUUUAUAAAGACCAAAAGCUAUAUUAUCUGGCAUGGCUAAUACAAAUACAUUAAAAGUAGUUACAGGUAUGCUAUCUAACUUGUAAAAAUCUGUAACAUUAGUAUUUUCAAGCCCAUUGUUAAAUCCUAUUAUUAUUAGCUAAAAGGGAGUCAAAAGUCUAUUUUUGAAGCUAUGAAUUACUUUUUUUUUUUUUUUUAAAGAAAUGUAUAGUUAAUUAUUUUUAUGUAUUUAUCACUAAAAUUACUAUAAUUUUCUCAGGAGUAUGUGUAAAUCAGUUUCAAAAAUGUAAAAUUAUUAAACAUUUUCAUUUCAGAAUAAUAUCAAAUUCAAGCUGUGGGUGAUUGUGUUCCACAGAC